AUGUCAUCCGAUUCAAUCUCAUUCAAAAAAUAUUCUAAAUCUGCUGUUGGUACAGAAACCCGUGGUAAAACAGCAUCAAAUCGUCUUCGACGAGUUGAUAAUUUCGUUACAAUGUAUUGUUGUGAUUUAAUUAUGAGUGAUGAACAUCUCUAUGUUGAUCUUGGUUAUGGUCAUCGACCAGUUACUACAUUAGAAAGUGCAAAACGUUUUAGACGAUAUAAUUCACAAUUAUCUAUAUUAGGUAUUGAAAUUGAUAAUAAACGUGUUCGAGAAGCUCAACAAUAUACUGAUCAUAGAACUUUUUUUCGACAAGGAGGAUUUAAUCUUCCAUUACAAACGAAUCUAACAACUGGUCAUAGAGAAACUGUUAAUCUUAUACGAGCUUUUAAUGUAUUAAGACAAUAUGAUUUAGAAUCUGAUUGUCGAGAUGCUCAUAUAUUAAUGUGUAAUUAUUUAAAUGUAAAUGGUAUUCUUAUUGAAGGUACAUCAGAUCCAUUCGGACGUAUUUGGAUAGCUAAUAUUAUACGUAAACAAAUAGAUUGUUCAUUAUCAAUUGAAGCCUUAGUAUUUAGUACAAAUUUUCGUGAUGGAUUUGAUAUAGGAUCAUUUCAACAAAUUUUACCAAAGAAUUUUAUUCAUCGUAUGACUGGAUCAAAUGAAAUGAUAUAUAAUUUUUUUGAAAAUUGGAAAAUAAGUUAUGAACAAAUAGGAAAAUCAAUGAAAGCUGUAUAUGGUAUUGGAAUACGACAACAAUUUAUAGUUACAGCAAAAUAUCUUGCAGAAGAAUAUGGGUAUAAUAUAAUUACGGAUAAGAAAUAUUUAAAAAAUGGAUUUUUAAUAUGGUUAUUAAAACCAGGAAGUAAAGGUGUUGAUCUUGAUCAAACCAUCUAUCGAACUGUAAACCAUAGGAAAUAA